GCAGGCGGCGGGGAUCGUGGCGGGUCUCCGGGAUUUUGCGUCUCUCGGCCGCGUGACUCAGCCCUUCAUCCCUGUCCCCCUCUCUUGGCUACACGUGCUGCUUGUGUUGUAACCGUAGAUCAGCCGUUCAUGAUCCGAAUGCAGCUGUAGUUCGUCAGGGUAGUGCGUGAACUGCUUGUGUUGUUCUGUUUUGUUCUGCGAUGACAGCUUACUCUUCUCUUCCACUGGGCACAGCACUCGGGUCUGUUUCUAGUGACUAGACACUGCUAAGGUCCUUCUUUCAGCUCCCUCAUAGGGACAUCUCAGUUUCAAAGUACUUAGGAAGGAGAAGGUUUGCAUUUUGGUGCCGUGGCAUCUCUUUUCAAGCACUGGUUUAUGCUCCCUGAAAUAAACAAUUUAACUAAAUCCUGAUUUGAUGAGGGGAUGGGACAAAUGGUGCUUGGUCUUUACUGCAGUGGUCUGAAUUCAGAAGGCACAGCGGCUCAAUGUGGAGGCACAGACCACGUCUGCUACUGGAAUAAGGCAACUACAGUGGAAAAAAUACCUCCUCCUAGUCCCAGGAACAACUGACAAUACAAAGGACAAUGCACAGUGUAUACGCUGAUGACAUUUUGUGUGCUGUGACAUGGUUUUUGCCAUGGCAUCUGAGACUGAAAAAGCCCAUGCUCUCCUCCAAACUUUCAGCACAGCUUCAGUUAUUUCUAGUCUAGGUUUAGGAAUAUUCUGCUUUGUAGCAGACAGACUUCUUCAGUUUUCCUUCAUUCAGCAAAAUUACUGGCUCCGAGCCUUAUCUGAUAAUGCAGUGCAUGGCAUACUAGGAAUGUGGUCCUGGGCAAUAGUGAUUGGACUCAGGAAGAAAAGUGACUUCACUGAGGUCAUUCUGGCUGGCUUCCUCGCCUCUGUCAUUGAUGUGGACCACUUCUUUCAUGCUGGCUCUCUGUCAUUGAAGGCUGCUCUGAGUCUUCCACAGAGACCACUGCUUCAUUGUUCUACUGUGAUUCCUGUUGUGGCUCUGACCUUAAAGUUUAUCAUGCACCUUUUCAGGCUUAAGGAUUCCUGGUGCUUUCUUCCUUGGAUGUUGUUCAUAUCCUGGACUUCUCAUCACAUUCGUGAUGGGAUUCGUCAUGGCCUCUGGAUUUGCCCAUUUGGAAAAACUCCUCCUUUGCCAUAUUGGCUGUAUGUGGCAAUUACAGCAUCCUUACCUCAUCUAUGUUCAUUUAUUAUGUAUUUAACAGGCACUAGGGAAUUAAUGUCUAUAAAACAUGGAAUCCGCAUUGAUGUAUAAGAAUGAUUGGCUCUUAAAGGCUGUUUGUAUUAGCACUUGAAAUAAGCUGUUUAUUUACCUCUGAAGUGGUUUCCUGUUGUUUCCUGCAACUUUGGAGUAAGGCAUUUUAAGCCUGUGGAGCCAGUUUCAGCUCUUACAUGAAUUCCUUGUGGUCACACAGACCUAUUUAAUGAAUGGUAGUAAUUUUAUAUUCAUACAUUCCCCAUGUAAAACAUACGGUCUUCUAUUGUAGCUCAUGCGUAGCUAUCUGGGGAGGGACUUUUUACAAAGUGUGUAGAGAUAAGAUAUGGGGGAAUGGCUUUAAACUGGAAGAGAGUAGAUUUAGGUUAGACAUUGGGAAGAAAUUCUUCACUGGAACAGAUUAUCUGGAGAAGCUGUAGAUGCCCCAUCCCUCAAAGUGUUCAAGGCCAAGUUGGAUGGGGCUUGGAGCAACCUGGUCUAGCAGGAGGUGUCCCUGCCCGUGGCAGGGGGUUGGAACUAGGUGAUCUUUGUGGUCGCUUCCAACCCAAACCAUUCUAUCAUCUGAUUUCAAAGUACUUAGUUUCUCACUGUAGUACUUACAUUACAUUUUACUGUCCUGGUGCUGUUCAUCUGAUCACCACUCACUUUCAUUUUGUGUUCUGCCUUUAGAUAAUAUUAAUCUAGAUGGCGUUUAUAUAGCACUUAAAAAUGUAAAGUACUAUAUAAAUGCUAAGUACUAGAGACAACUUAGUAGUGUAUGGCACUUCUGAAAUAUACUAGUUAGCAUUUUGAAUUUAUUUGUCUUCCUGCUGAAAUAUUGUAUUAAAGUGUUUUAAAAGAAAUGCUGUUUUUAUUUCACAAAGGGCAGCUUUGCAUCUACACCUCUUUGAACAGUGCUAUCAUACAGUGUUUCUACUAAAUCCUAGUUCUCUGUAGCUGCUUGGUACUCCAUUUGCAAAUAAUUACUAGCUCUUAUUUUUUGUUAGAAAGAAGAAGACAGUUUGGUUAC